UAUCCAGAACCAAAAUGUUUGCAAUGGUCACGUAUUGCAGUAGGACUCUUUAUAGUGACCGCUUAUCUGUGCUACUUGUCUUAUUUGGCUUGGGCUAUCGUUAAGGAUACGCCUGUUCUGAGGCUGUCUUUAGAGAAACUAGACUCGUUGCAAGUGCCAGAAAUCGAAAUUUGUGCUCCAACUAGUGCUCUGCUUAUAACAAAAUGUACGUUCAAUGGCUGGAAAGCAGUUAAUACUGAAGCAUUUGACAACUGUACACGUCCAACAGGAGAAAAAUUCAUCUACUUGACAAACUUUUCGGAUCCCACCCGACCUUGCUACCUCUUCUCAACCAAUAAAACGUACAAAUUCAGUGCAACGGAAUUAUAUCGAAUUGACAUUUACUACCAGAUAUUGAAUCUCACAGCAGCCCUCAAUAGUUCGAUAACAAUUCCUGUCCUCGCAUUGCAAGCGUUCAAUCCAGAUUUUAAUCCACUCUGGAGACCUGAGCAACUCCAAGACUCUAAUUAUAAAUACGAAGUUGACAUGAGGCUUCAAACCAAUGCCUUUGUCAGCCUGGCCGAAUGGAGUACUCAGAUGUCAUUCAAACAGUACGUUUUCCGAGAUAUCGAACCUCAUGAUUUUGGAGCAAUAUCAGGCUUUGCCCCGAAAUAUCGCAAUACUUCUACAAUAAUAACUAGUACGAAAUACUAUCCAUUAAAGCCAAAUGCUCCGGGAUUUGGUGAUGGCCAAAAUACCGGGAUAUUCUCUGUUCAAGCCGAUACAUACGUUCAACAAGUCCAGGAACAACAAAGGAGCAAAACAAUUCUCUCGGCCCUUGGUUUGGCUGGCGGUGCGUUUGGGGCAAUAUGCGGUCUAUAUAUGCUACUCUUCGGACAGCCAAGACUCAACCCAUGGGGUAUCAUGCACUAUCUUGUGCGCAGGCCCGCAGCAAUCCACGAUCCGCACAAAAUCCCCCUCGUCUCUCCUGUAUUGUCGUCUCAUCUUACCACAACCACCAAUCAACGUGUAUCGCAUUUAGAAGAACGGCUCCAAGAGUUGGAGGGUCUGUUACAGGAUUACUUCAUAGAUCCUUCAUAUCUGCGGAAUGUUAAGAAUAGGCUGGCGUCAUUUGAUAGCAAAGUUUCGCCAGAACGCGAAAGCAGAGGAUGGUGGGAGGAUAAGGGAACGUAA